UGUUAAAUUGUGAAUCAUGUUACCAAAGUUAUUUUAUUCUAUUUGUUAUACUUUGUGGAUUUUAACUAAAACAUGUUUUAUAGAUUGUAAAAUAAGGCCAAAAACAUAUGAGAAAUAUUUGUCAGGAGUAAUGAAUCAUAUAAGUGAACAAGUUGGAUGGGAUUCUAUGCAGCAUUUGGAAAUUAAAUACGACAUUUCUACAGAGAUAAGUACUAAUAUUAAAGACGUAAUUUGCAAAGGGAGUCGUAUAGUACUACCAAAAAAGUUCGAUGCUAUAAUUCAUAUAUUAAAUUACAUGUAUGCAGAAGUCAUAAAAACAUUUAUUGAUCAUAUUAGAGCUAUAGCUAACCAAUGUCAAGAAUAUUACGACAUAAACCAGGGAGAUAAUUUUUUAAGUUGUACAGUUCUAAUUCAAAGUGUUGUGGAAAAUUCGAAAACCAUGUUUGAGCAGUUAUACAAUGUAAUGAACUAUCUUAGCAACAUCGAUUUUAAACUAUUAGUGAGUGGAAAACAAACUUUCUCAAUACCUAUUGUAGAUGAAAUUUAUACAUUUGUAGAAUUUGCAACACUAAAAAUUCAACAAAAUACUCAGAUUUUUAUCGACCUAAACGAUCCCAAGACAAAAGAAGAUGCUUAUAAGGUUAUUUUAGAUGUGAACAGUUUUAUCGAAGGAAUGGGUAACGAAAGCUAUCAGACAAUUAAAGAGAAAAAUAGUUUCAUUGUUUACAAUCGUAAAUCAAAGUGCUUACUUGAAGAGAAUCUAAAAGACUAUAAUGAACGACAAAAUAAAAACAUUGAGUUGAGCUAUUAUUUAAGUGAAUGGCUUAACGUGUAUUACGUUGAAAUUUCUAAAAAUUUCUACAAAAAUCUUGGCUUUGAACAAGUUUUAGAUUUAAAUGAGAAAAGUAGUAUCAAACAUCCAGUUCAUAAAUAUAAUAACAUUAGACAAAAGGAUAAAAUCGAACAAUUAAAUGCAAUUACUAAUGAAAGUGGAUGGAAAUCAUUGAAACAUAUUAAUAUUGUAUUUAAUGACCAAGUUAUAAGCGUAGACCGUAUUCUUAGACACCCAGCAGACAAACUAAAUUUUCAUUGCAAAAAACAACAUUUAUUAAGAUUGAUCAAGUGCAUUUAUACAGAAAUAAUGAUUAAGUAUUAUGAAUAUGUAAAUUUUAUAUUAAAUUUUUGUGAAUCCGAAAAUGUAAAAACUAAUGAUUUAAUAUAUAUAAAUUUUGUGCGACAAAUUUUUGAUGCAGUUCAUAAGUCAAUUAAAAUGUUUGAAGUAAUGUAUAAAACAUUGGUUACUUUAAAUAAACUAAUAGGAGAAUAUUUGCAUGACAACUACAAUUCGAAUUUAAAAUGUUUGUGCACUUCAAUAAGCAAAUUACUUGGGGAAAUAAAGUCAGAAAAAUAUAUCCUGGAUGUUUUGGAUAGCAAAAGUGAUAACAGUAAACAGGAAUUAACCCUAAUUAAUGCAAGAAACUACUCACAUACUUUCUCAAAAUUUCUAAAAUUUAACAAAUCGAAAAGUCAUCCAUUAAAUAGAAUGCACGAAAAACAAUGUCCAUUACGAAAUUUAUUGUUAAACAUUGACAUACCUUUAUCAAUAAAUACCGACAAUUUUUCAUAUGCUUGUAACGAACUAAUUGUAUUUUCUAAAAAUGUUAUAAAAGUUUACUAUGAAGAAUUAGGUUUAAAUAAAUUUAUUCAUUGAUGUUUUUUAGCUUCGAUAUCCAUAUGGGUCUUAUAAAUUUUUUAUAUUACUAUUUAAUAUUUCAUAAUAUUUUAGC